AUGAACCCUGCAAAGUUUGAUGAAGAUGAACAGACUAGAAUGGUGAUCAAUGGUCCACGUCCAUCGCCAUUGAAGAUCAACAAGGAUUCUCAUGUUAUUCAAAAGCCAUCAUCUUCGUUGCUGCCGAUUAACAUUAAUUCUGGUCAAGCUGCGGCUGCCAUAAAGCAGCAAAACCCCAUUGCAAAUCAUCAACUGAGAAAACCAUUUGAUGAAGGUGAACAGACUAGAAUGGUGAUCAAUGGUCCACGUCCAUCGCCAUUGAAGAUCAACAAGGAUUCUCAUGUUAUUCAAAAGCCAUCAUCUUCGUUGCUGCCUAUUAACAUUAANCAAUAA